CGCACAACACACUUUUCAGAUCCAAGAACGUUUGCGGGGCAACACAACCCAAGUUAGGGUUUCUCUUCAAAGCCAGCUGGUCUGGCUUUAUUAAUGCAGGACAUUUCUUUUGUUUUCUUUCUUUUCUUGUUUUGUUUAAUUAAUUAAAACCUUUGUAAGUGUUUGAUUAACCUGGCCCACAGCUGGAGCUGCAGGGUGUGACUUCCUGGGGAAGCACAAGAUCGGCACCGGUGCCAACUAAACAAACAAAACCACACGCUGAAACCUAAGAGGGUCUUCCUGGAAAAGCUCUGUGCCGAAGCUGCAAGAACUGAAGAAAUUGUGAACGUGGUACAGCUACUGGAAUCUUUGAACUGAGCGGAGGAAGUCGAGAGAAGAAAGCCUGGUUUGAAGAAAACGCGAGCGAAAAAACAGAGGGACGAAAAAAAAAUAAAGUUCAUUGGUGAAAGAGAGAGACGAAAAGACGGGGACAAUGGGGAGAAAAAAGAUUCAGAUCACACGGAUUAUGGAUGAACGCAACAGACAGGUGACGUUUACAAAGAGAAAGUUUGGCCUGAUGAAGAAAGCCUACGAGCUGAGCGUGUUGUGUGACUGUGAGAUUGCCCUGAUCAUCUUCAACAGCACCAACAAGCUGUUCCAGUAUGCCAGCACAGAUAUGGACAAAGUGCUGCUCAAAUACACCGAGUACAACGAGCCACACGAGAGCAGGACCAACUCGGACAUCGUGGAGACCCUGAGAAAGAAGGGUCUAAAUGGGUGUGACAGCCCAGACCCCGACGCAGAUGACUCGGUGGGCCACAGCCCAGAGUCAAAGGACAAGUACCGCGAAAUCAACGACGACAUUGAUCUGCACAUGAUCAGCAGACAGAGGAUAUGUGCGUUGAGCAAGAAGGAGAACAAAGGUGGCGAGAGCCUGGAGCUGGAGUCUGCUCUUGCUCUCACUCCACUCACAGAGGAGAAAUACAAACAGAUUAACGAAGAGUUUGAUUUAAUGAUCAAGGCUCAGAAGAUACCUGCUGUGCCCUCUUCUACCUACGACAUGUCCAUCCCCGUGAAUAACCAGAUCUACCCAGGUAAUCAUAACCUGCUUCCACUGGCCCACCACGGCCUGCAGAGAAACAGCAUGUCACCCGGGGUCACACACAGACCACCUAGUGCAGGUGGUCUUAUGGGCACUGAUCUUUCCACUGGCGCGGGCACCAGUGCUGGAAACGGCUAUGGAAACCACCGCAACUCUCCAGGUCUGCUGGUGUCCUCUGGAGGAAUGAAUAAAAGCAUGCAGGCGAAAUCUCCUCCGCCGGUGAACCUGGGCAUGAACAGCCGUAAGCCUGACCUGCGAGUGCUCAUCCCACCCGGAGCCAAGAACAACAUGCCCUCUAUCAAUCAGAGAAUAAACAACUCUCAGUCUGCGCAGUCACUGGCGACUCCUGUGGUUUCUGUAGCGACACCCACUCUACCAGGACAGGGAAUGGGUGGAUACCCGUCAGCCAUCUCCACCUCGUAUGGUACCGAAUAUUCCCUGAGCAGUGCGGAUCUGUCAUCUAUAUCUGGCUUUAACAGUGCCAACACACUUCAUCUGGGCUCAAUGAGUGGAUGGCAGCAACAUCAGAUCCAGAACAUGCAGCACUCUGCACUCAGUCAGCUGGGAAAUUGCUCUAGCUCUCACUUAUGUCAGGGUUCAAAUCUGUCCCUGCCCUCUACUCAAAGCCUGCACAUCAAGUCCGAACCUGUUUCUCCUCCUAGAGAUCGAUCCAGCAGCACCACACCAGGCGGCUACGGCCAGCUACCAUCCCACCAGCAGCACCAGGGCCCGACCCCGCAGGGGCGACAGGACUCGGGCCGCUCUCCGGCCGAUAGUCUCAGCAGCUGCGGCAGCUCACACGAGGGCAGCGACCGCGACGAGCACCGUCCCGACUUCCACUCGCCCCUAGGAUUGGGCCGGCCCGGCCUGGACGAUCAAGACAGCCCGUCCAUCAAACGCGUCCGCCUCUCGGAAGGGUGGGCCACAUGAUAAGCGAUAGCCCCCUUGGACAGACCCGUCCGUGUUCUUGACCUCCCCGUGCGAAACGCCGCUACACGUUCUUUCUGCCGAUUCUGACUAGUCACAAUCAUUGCUCUCCCCUAUUCUCUGGUUUGUAGUAGAGGGGAGGAAGUGCUCUCUGUAAUAUUUUGAUUAUUAAUUAUUAUUAUUAUUUGAUCAGAGUGUUUCUGAUAUACAUAUUGAUGUGAUUGACGGGUUUUCAGGGAGGGUUGGAGGACUAGUAAAAGCGGGUUGGGGAGGGUUUAGUGGGCGGGGCUACUAUGCAUAACUUGUGCAGUGUGUGGAAUACUAUGUAAAGAAUUACCAUAUAUGCAUAUAUAUUUACACGUUGUGUAGGUGUACAUGUAUGCAGAGUAACAAACCAACAAAAAGUGUCAGGUACUCUUGGAUCUUUUGUUUUGUUUUGUUUUUGUAAAGUACUUGCCUCAGUGACGUUGAGCACAGCAGAGAGCGUUUUUCACUGAGGCGACAGCUUAGCUCUUGAGUUGUUGUACCAGUACAGUAUGUACAGAUUCCUUUUACCUGUUUUUUUCAGUGCCACUCUUUUCAGAGGGCGCCUUCGCUAAAUGUAUGUUAUGGGUGACAAUGUCAUGUUGCAGGUUCAACGUAUUGUACAUAGAGACAAAACGCUGGGGAACGAUAAAGGUCAAAUUUCACACAAACAAAUCUGUUAUGCAAGAAUUUCGAAGGAUUGUACAUAUAUAUGUGCAGGUUCCUUGGUUAAUUUAUGGGGAAAAGUAGUAUUUCAGGAAAAAAGCUCUCCUGCAGAAGGAAUAUAAAAAUAGCAGGACAGAGUUGUGGAGAUGAAGGACUUUAAGAGCCAUUGAUGACAUUUAAUCCUAGGACUUGCAGUUGUUGUUCAGUAUUAAAAGACGAAAACGAGAAAAAAAAAUGUAUGAUACACUUGCUUAUAUUUUCAUAUCAAAAAGGAAUACAAUGCAAAGCAUUUUUGUGGCUUUUUGUAGUUUAUAAGAGCCAGAAUGUGUUUUGAUAGCUUUGCUUAUAUGAAAAGCGAUAGUAAAAGAAGGAGAAACCUUGGGCUUUUCAACCAUAAGCCAUGAAAUCUGAGACAGUGAAUUCUUGCUUUGCUCAAUGUUCUCUCUCUCUCUCUCUCUCUCUCUCUCUCUCUCUCUCUCUCUCUCUCUCUCUCUCUCUUUGUAAAAGUUUUGUUUUUAAACGUGUAUUUCUAAGUAUAAUGAAUAAUAAUAUUAAGAAUCUUUUCGAAAAAAGAUGUGAAAUUAACAUGCUUGUGUAUAGCUUUCUAAUAUAUGAAUAUAUAUGAUUAAAAAAAUUAUGGUCAAAUCUUUUUUUUUUUGUUCCCUCUUGCAGUGGACAUGCUAAAUGUCUUCUUUUUUUUAACUUUCCCUCCACCGGAGUCUUUCAGGAGCAGAACAUGCUCAUAAAUACUCCCCUCCCUUUUUUUAAAGCACAAGAUAUUUUCUGGAACAUUCACAAGCUUUUCAAGUUUCCAGUGUCACAUUAACCGACAUUGCACUGAAGAUUUUCUAAUAUAAGACAGCACAGUCAUAGAUACCUCAUGACUGCUUGUGUAAGCUCGUGUCAUCAUUUAGUGGAUUGUGAUUAGUUCUGUUCAAUUGAUAUACAUAUCUAUCAUUGUGCAUUCUGUGAUUUUGACAGGACAUAUGUUAGAUGUUUUAUUUUUUUCUACCAAAGACAAACAGUGAUGUUAUGUUUGCUGAUCCAUAUUCUUUUUCUUGGUUUGAGACCAUUGUGUUUCUUCACGAGUUGUUCAUGCUAGUGGCUGGUACCUCUGACUCACCCUCCCAGUGCCUCAGAUUACCUUUCAAUCAGUUGGUCUUGUUGCGAAUCGGGGGACGUUCUCCUUUAACUAACAAGUGUAUAGUAUUGUGAAAAAAAAAAUGCCAUUGUUUGAUGUUCUAUAGAUUUCAACUGUCCGUAUAUGACUCUCCGGUUAUUUUGCUAUUUUAAUUUUCUUUUCUAGAUUUUUUUGGUUGAUCUUUUCUGUUUCUCUCUCUCUCUCUCUCUCCAUCUCUCUCUCUCUCUCCCUUUCUCUCUCGAGUGUUGUUUCCAUUAAGUAUAUAAAUUACAAAAUAAAAAAACUGAAAAAAAAAAUGCUGAAAAACUCUGUAGUAACAAUGUAGCUUGUAUAAACCUACAAGGGGUAAGGUGGAAAGAAAGUGUCUUUUUUUUGUUUUCUAACCAGGAGAAAGAGGCUUUCAGCGGCACAAGCUGGACUUUGUCGCCACUUGAAGACAAGAUGUCAUUAAAUUAAAACCACAUCUCUGUAUCUCAAGGGACUUGAUUCAGCUGUAUGUAGUAAAAAAAAAAUAAUGUAUGGAAUAAAAAUUGUUUCUCCUGCUGGGACUAAAAAAAAGGUAUUUGUAUUUUGCAGAGAAUUCAGUAAAGUUACUGGCUUUCUUAGUUA